UCCUCUUCUCCGAUCUAGGGGCGUUUACGAGAGAGGCAGAAAGUCUCUGCAAUUCGAUUUCACUCAACCCCCAGCCCCAAGCAAACGACGGACAAGACUCGGAUCAGUUCUCCGCCGCCCGCGACGACCGAUCGGCUCGAUCCAAUCUCGAACCGCCAUGACUUCUCUCUCCGGAGGAACGAGCUCGCUCGCUGGGUUCACGAAGCUCUGCAAGGGCAUAGCGGUGGUGCUCGUGGGCGGCCACAUUGUGGUGCAGAUCCUCCCGGCGGCUGUCAAUUAUCUCGCUCUGAUUCCCGCGAGGACAAUUCCUUUUGCUUGGAAUCUGAUAACAGCUGGUUAUAUUGAGCAAACAAUAUAUGGGGUUGUUAUCAGCACCAUUGGUCUACUAUUCAUGGGAAAGAUUCUUGAGCCCAUAUGGGGUGCUAGAGAAUUCGUGAAGUUCAUCUUCAUUGUCAACUUUUUAACUUCUCUCUGUGUUUUUGUCACUGCCAUUGCCUUGUAUUACAUAAGAAUGGAGGAAAAUUAUCUGUAUAUGCCACUAUCUGGUUUCUAUGGGGUGCUUUCAGGGUUCCUCGUUGGCAUUAAGCAAAUUUUACCUGACCAUGAGUUGCCUUUAUUGAGGAUUAAAGCAAAGUGGUUGCCAUCUAUCAUUUUGCUACUGUCUGUCGCCGUAAGCUUCUUCAUACCAGAGCCUGCAGCUUAUCUGCCAAUGUUAGUAUUUGGCACAUACACAAGCUGGAUUUACCUAAGGUUCUUGCAAAGGAGGCCUGAAACUAAGUUCAUGGGUGAUCCAAGUGAUGAUUUUUCCUUUUCUUCCUUUUUCCCGGAACUAUUAAGGCCCAUAAUUGAUCCUUUUGCAGCAAUAUUUGCUAGGUUGUUUUGUGGAAAACGUCAAACUUCAUCUGCGGCCCAGGACUAUGAGCUGGGUGACAACCCAUUGCCUGGUUCUGAUCCGAUCGAAGCAUCUAGGAGGAGAGAACGAGGUGCCCGGGCUUUAGAAGAAAGACUUGCAGCUGAGAGAUUAGCAGCUGCACAGACUGCACAAGAAUCUGGGAAAGAUGCCACGGAGAGUGUUUGAUGGCGAGGGACGACUUCCAGUUUGGAACAAGUACAGCAGAAAGUAUGUAUCAUGAUGAAGUCCGAAAGUAUGCAUUUCUGGAUGCGGCUCUUGUGUGCCUAUUUUUGUGGAUUAUGUUACAGUGCAGGAAUUUCGUCCUCUUUGAUGCAUUUCCUUUGCACUAUUUUGCUUUUGCUGUUGCCAAAUAUACGUCAGAUGACUAUAGAAAGAAAAUUGUUCGCGAGUCCUGAGAACAGUUACUUUC